AAAACCAGCAUAUAAGAUGAGGUUUGCACCUACUUAUAUAUUAUAAAUUAGCUUUAUCGCUAGUUGAUGUGGGGCUUCCAACAAUAAUGUAUUGGAAGUAAUAAUGUGCAGUGCUUUGAAGAAAAAUAUUUUAGGAAAUUUGUGAUUUACACAGAUUUGUGAGGUUAGAAAUAUUCCAUGAAUCAAGGUAUCUUAGAGUAGGUAGGGAGAUGUUUUGUUUCCUAGAAUACCAAAAUAGCUUUGAAGAGUGUAGUUUUAUCGUGUUGUACUGUAUUUUUUCAAUACUUUGUACUGCAGUAGAUCUCAUACAGUUGUAAUUCUAACUAAGCUAAGUGCUAGUUAGAAUUAGUUAGCUGUACAGGCACAUAUAAAUGCCUGCUGUAUUGAAUUCAUUUUCACAAAUACUAAUUUCUCUCUAAUUUAUUUAUGUUUUAGUGAUCUGAACCCUGCGUCUUAUUUUGGAUAUUUUUGUCAUAUCUGAUUGCAUACAAAUACUAUAGGUCCUGUUUACUUAAUUCAGUUCAAGUUUAGGCAGCUGGAAAUUCCACCAAACUACAGUGUCAACCAUUUGGGAUGCAUUGGUGGCUGUGACGAGAUUCUUUCACAGGUGACAGAAAUAUGUGGCAGGGGAUCUCGCAUGCCAGCAAGACCUCGAGGACCAACUGCACCACCUAGCAAUGCCCAUCAUACUAACCCACGACAAAGACCUUGUAUGAACUGUCAAGAAACAGGACAUUCUUCUAAUGAUUGUCCUUUACGCUCUAGGAAUGUCGGACAUCGUGGAAGAAGUGAACAUAACGGGGAAGCUUCUGUUUCAUGCAGUUCGUGUAGGACACCAUGUAUCUUGAGAACUGCAAAUACAGCAAAUAACAGGGGAAGGAAGUUCUACGCAUGUCAAUCGCAGGAAUGCAACUUCUUUGUAUGGGAGGAUAGCCUCAAUGACGGAACUGGAGCCAGAAGUACCACACGUUCAAAUAGUAUUCCAUCCUCCAAUCCGGGGCGAACUGGUGGACGUGGAUCUCGUGGUAGAGGUGGCCAGACUGGAGCUCAUACUGCUGCCACAACAUUUGUUUCAGCCACCGGAGAUCCUAUUUCUGGUAGAAGGUGCUUUAGGUGUGGUGAUCCAUCUCACUUUGCAAAUCUCUGCCCCAAUCGUGGUGUCUGAUCUCUUCUCAUUUAUUCACCUUGACUGUAUAUAGAAGGAAAGGUUGGCCAUCAAGAACCUUUGUGUUUUCAUUUUCUAUUAUUAUGCAUGUGCUUGAAUAAACACUGGAAUAGUGUGCCAAUGCUAAUUGUCAAAUCUUUUUUAUUCAUUCAUCCACUCUCUUGUAUAAAGGAACUUGUAGCAUUAGCUUAACUUAAAAUAACUGAAGAAUCUAUUUUAA